AUGAUUGAGGUGGAAAGGAGUUGGAGGGGCCCUCCUUCCGAAGCACACGCAGCCAGUAAUGUUCAAACGAAUCACGAUAAUGUCAGCCCUACCAAGAGGAGAACUAGAUCGAACUCCAAAAGUACUGGAACAAGAAACAGUGAGGUUACAGAUAAGAAAGAUAGUCAGAAGCAGUCACAACAACAGCUAUCUGAUAUAGAUGCAUUCAGACCAGUAGUGGCACCAAGGAACAAGUAUACACAUGUAAUCAUACUGAAAUCUUUGAAUGAAACUUUCGAGACGAAAUUCCUUGUUGUUCCAUUCAAACCAGAAAGCUUCAAGUUGGGAAGACCUGUGGUGAAUUCUAAUGCCAAUCAGGGAAAGAUGGGCAAGCAGGAUCCUCAACAGCUUCCCCAGGUCAGACCUGAUAACGGGCAUUUCGACUCGCGAGUUCUGUCUCGUAAUCAUGCCUCGCUGAGUUGCGACCCUACGACUGGUAAGAUUUACAUACGAGACCUAAAAUCGAGUAAUGGGACGUUUGUCAAUGGGAAUAGGAUUGAUCAAAAUGAUGUCGAAUUGAAAGUAGGUGAUGUGAUAGAUUUGGGGACUGACAUCGAUAGCAAAUUCGAGCAUAGAAAGAUAAGUGCAUUCGUCGAAGAUAUCUCGGUGAUCCCUCUAAUGAAUGAUACCGCAGAGACCGCACAUUCACUCUUUGGUUCUACUUACGGGGAUACAGGAAACAAUAAUCCAAACAACGCACCAGAACAUACAAGUGGCACGGAUGACUUCAAUUAUUCGGCAGGAUCUGCCACUACAGCUCAAAGAGCGGCUUUUGAAGCGGCGAUGUUCGGCGACGUCAACAAUUUGGAUUUAGAAGAUACGGUUUUGGGCUCUGAAACAGAAAUAUUGAGUGGUAUCUUCAUUAACAAUUCUAUAGGAACGAGCCCCAACCUUAUAAAUGUCAUCAAAACACUGGCCACCGAAGUAUCUUUGGAGAAACAUGAAUACGCCAAGCUCAAAUCCAUGGAGAGCUUUCUGAUAAACUACACCACAAGCCUUGAGUACAUAAACAAGAUGAUGGUCGAGAAGAAUGAUAAGCAUUUGGUCAAACUUCAAAAUGCCUUAAGGCAAAAGUUGUCAGAAAAACAAUCAUUAAUGUUGCAGGAACACAAGUCUCAGCUGGAAAAGCUUGAGAGAGAGAAAGGAGAUCUACAGGAAUCAUGCUACGCUAAGACUGAGGAAACUUCAGAGCAGCUGAAAAAGCUAGAAAAUGAUCUCGAGGACUUGAGAACCAGGCUGGAAGUGGAGAAAUAUAGAAACAGUCAACUUGUCAAGAAUGCGGCCAGUGUUGACCAGGAUCAAGGAACUCAGUCAGCUCAGGUCAGUCAAAGUGAGUCUACAGUAGGUGAUAGUAGGUCAGCUUCUAAUGGUAAGCGUGUCAGUCCUGAACAUAAAAAACUUGGAAACGGCACAUUACUGGUAGUAAGCGCCGUGUCGAUUGGUCUCAUUGCAUAUGCUCUGUCUUUUUCAUCAACUCAAAAGGUGUAA